AAUCAAGAAAGUAUCAAACCAUCAGUACUUGAAUUGAAAGUUGGUCAAAUAAGAGAAUGUAACAAACAUCCAGAUGCUGAUAAGCUAUACGUUUCAAAAAUAUUUACUUCAGAUGCAGAAGAUGCCACACCAUUAACCGUGUGUAGUGGAUUAGUGAACUUUGUUGAUAGAGAAGAAUUAUUGGGUAGAAGAGUUGUACUAUUAACCAAUCUAAAACCUUCCAAAAUGAGAGGAAUCAAAUCAGAAGCAAUGAUUUUAGCUUCAGAAAAUGAUGAUGCUUCAAAAGUUGAAGUUGUUCACCCACCUGUGUCGAGUGCUGUUGGUGAAUUAUUACAUUUCAAGCCAUUUGUACCAGAGGGAAAACCAACAAGAUUAAAAAUAAAGAUUUGGGAAGAAAUCCAAACCAAAUUGUUGACAGACAAUGAAGGAAAAUUGAUUUUUAAGGAUAGUGAGCAAGAGUAUAGGCUGUCAGGUGCCAAUCCAGAUGAUUUUGCGUUUGUCGAUAACUUAAGGAACACUAUUGUUCGCUAG